AGUAGCAGUUCUCUAUUCGUAUAUCACGCGGCCCAGCACAAACCUCGCACCCCGUGUACCCCUCACUUUCGCCGAAGUAAAAAGUAUGUAUUCCUCCUUCUUGUCUUAUAGUCUUUUCAUGUAACAGUGCAGUUUUUCCCACCCACCUACCGAACUUCUUUAAUUCAUUCCUGGCGCCGACAAUGACUCGUGGCAGCAUGUAGUUGUUUUCGCCAUUUUUUGCCUCCACGAACUACACCCCCAACUGGACCUUUUCUGCUUACAACCCUCGUGAUCUAUACCAUCACCUGAUCGCAGAUCAGGAAAUAAAUCUCCAUAGCAUCUUCAUGUCCCCCCUAUCGGCUUCUCAGACACGACCGCCACACCGGUCCCUGUUCCUAUGCGUUGCAAGAAAAGUACUAUCGCACUGGCAUCCAUCUCCGCAUGACAAAUCUUAUCAAGAAGUAUACUAUAGAGCAGAAAUGAAGUUUGUCAUGCUGGAAAAGGUACAGCUACAGCUACGGCCUGAUGUUUGUCAUGCAUGAAUGCGAUUACAACUGCGGUAAGUAGUACUUUUGCAGUGGAUAUUUCCUUCCCGUCCUCGACUCCGGUGGGGAGCUGGUCGUGACGCUCGAGUUCGUGUAUGGAAUUCUCAACUGUUACAUUCUCAACUGUUACAAGAAGAAUUUGUGAUGCAAGAAUAAAAACAGUAAAAGGAGGAAGAUUGCAGCACCUCCCGCAUUAUGAAUUUGGCGCAGAGUAGUUUCAUGCUGUUGAGCCCUUCGAAAAUUUGUCAACAUGCGAAGUAGCUUUAUCGCGUGGGUGCUGCUGCUGUUUUGCAUUUUGCAUUUACAGAUUUAUGUAACAGCAGCUAAGAAUGUAACGCUUGAGAACUCCAUAUCGUCGACCGAGCUAGUGUGUUUGUCGUCGAACAGCAGUCGAGGAAUGCGGCGAAUGUUAACAAGUCCGAUGGUAAACAAAGCUACCCGGGCGGUAACGCACCAGCAGCGCAACAGGACCACGAUAGUGCUGGUCAGGCGCCUGGAGAAGUUGGCAGCACGACGAUUGAUACAACAGCAGACGGGAGAAGCAACAAUGGUUCUGAAGAAGCAGUUCCACCAAACAAGAACCAAGUAGGUAGUGGCGGUUUUAUUAACCACGACAGUAGUACCCCGGAGCAAGAGACAUCCCAAAUACUACAACAAGCUGCAGAUCAUGAUCCAAACGCAACUUUGUCAUCAACCGCAGGGGAAUCAGACGCGUCCCUUUCUGCCUUAUUGCUGAAGCAGUUACGAACCUGGAAAAAGUGCUCGCCGACCGUGACAAAAGAAGGGCCGCUGAAUGUAGUGGUCGGGGAUAAUUAUACAACUAGCACAACAUCUGAUCAUGCGAACAAAACCCCACCGAAUAAAACCCUUUUCGCUCCUUCCUCCGCAAAUUACAGUGGUGCGUCAACGGGAGGUGCCAGCUCAAGAACGCAGGACAUUCGAAAAUACGGAUUUGCCCCGGCAGCUUCUCUUUACCAGACGCAAAGUUGUACAACUAACGCGCAGCAGCAUACGGCGAAAAUUUUCGCGGAUUUUCACGAGUUGAAUCCAGGUUUUGACCAGAACAACCUCGAGGACAGUCAGUCGGAGUUUUUCUUCGAUGAGGAAAUAUGCAUUGUAAAAGUAUCGUACUAGUAUAAAUCGCAAUACAAAUUACCUCAGCAUUACAAAUUGAAUUUGUAAUGCGGAUUUACCUUAACAAGUAGAUUUGUAAUGCAUAAUUGCGAUUACUGCGAUACUUUUGCCCAGGAUAGGAACUUCCCGGGGACGAUGAACUCACCGCGAGCGACCGGAAAUUCUCGAAAGCAACUACUUCCCAGCAGACCACGCCGCGGAGUAAUUUAUCUUCUGCUUAUUUGUUGAAGAACAAUAUGAGAGUGCACAACUCCCCCUCCCCCUCAUUUGUAUUGCCUGAACAGCAAUACAAACACCAACACACAUGGAGCCUGUGCAUGACAAGUUCACGUGCCUAGUGUAGUACUCUUAGGGCUUCCGGAAUUUGUCAUGCAAACAGUCCCACAGCGCAGCAAUUGGAUUGGGGAUUUGGCAUGACAAAUGAGGGGGAGGGGGAGCAGUUGUGCACUCUCAUAAACAAACCAGUCCUUCUCGAUUUCAACUACGGGCACCAUUUGGCUCGCGAAGGUGCAUGGGCGAGACGAGCUAGGCGCGAAAAGGCUCGUCGCGGAUCGCGGCAUGCCCGGAGCUAAUGGCGGGCCUACGCGAGCUGAUUAGCGCCGCUAAACAGGCGCGCGGAGUGCAUGGCGGUCAAGGUGGGGCUGUCGGAAUGCUGAAAAAAGGCGCCAUAGCGCCGCGAUUCGGCGAAAUUCAUUUCGUUUUCGGUUCCCCGACCUGUAUCGGCUGUUUUUCUUCAUGGAGGACCUCAAUCCGGGACCUCUAUCUUGGGACCCCUCGAGAGCUGGUAGCACGACCUGACGCUCGAUCCAGAUAGAGGCCAUCUUGGGCCUCUAUUUUCCCCUAAAAAAGACCUCACUUGAAUAGGUGAAACGCAAAAUCGAGGUUUGGUUACAACCCCACUGGGUAUCUGCUCAUAAACUCUAAACUUCAAACAUUCCGUUGCACUCUCGUUGCCCCAAAAAAGCUAGCGCCCCGCUGUUCACAAAAUGCGAUGACUCGCGAAAUGCAGGCGGCGCCCAACAUUGUUGCCGAAUGAAGCCGGGCGGCUUGUCGAAGAGAAACGAGGCCCAAAGGCCACCGGCGCGGAGGGUAGCGGAGUCCAUUGGUGGUGAGGACGGCAUACGCCUCCCGGGCUCUCGCAGAUUCCGCGGAAAGGGCCGCAAAUAUAGCGGAGGGCGCCGGGGAUUGCAAUAAAGAAUCUUCCAACGACGGCCCUGGCUCUUGCCGUGUGUGCGUUGGCGUAGGCAUUUGAAAAAUGCUAGGUGCACGGCAUUGAUAACACAGGGCGCCCGGAUAGUCCGGGGCGCCGGCGCCCUUCGAUUUUUCUUGCAAUAUUGUGAGGCCACAUCUUGAAGCGCUGCCGCUGUGCUUAAGACUCUAGCCUUCGCAGGUGGCGCGGCGCCUAGCUCAAGCUGCAAGCAUGCGACCGCCCCCUUCCAGCGGGAUUGUGGAAUCAAACCGGACGGCGCUACAACUCCUUACUUUUUUGAGUUUCAUGCUUGAUGAUCAUGCCAAGUAAUAUUAUUCUUUCACUUCUUGCAUGACAAAUACAAAAAAAGUAUCUAGCUCAAGUUGAGACUGACCUAGCUAUUUAAUUUCAUACCUUUUGUGGUAACGAUUCCGAAACGCAAGCAAAUCAUUGAAAAUCCUUGACAAAAAUGAUCACAUUUUGUUGUAGAAUUUGAAGAUGCAAAAUGAAUAAUAAGAAAUUUUUGAAUCGGCUCUGUUUUGAAUCGCUCAGUCGCUCCCAUAGUCAUUCAUUGUUGGAAAACAAACCAGUCUUUCUCGAGUUCAAUUACGAUGAUUGCCCUAGACAGCCAGUCCUUCUCGAGACUGGCUGCCCUAGAUUGAUAGAUCUGCACCGCCGCCGGCCCGGCGAACCUCGCUCCCUGCCAUCGGCCGGGGGCCGGCACAGCACCGCAGAAAGCGAAGCGGCAAGGGGGCCACGGCGCGUGGCAGGCCGGGAUGGGGGGCCCCCCCAUAGAUACCGCUUUUGGCGUGAACUUCCUAGCUAGGGGGGGUGCGCCGCCUACUGGUUGCGUAGGCUCCAUGGCGAGUGGUUUUUAUUUGUUUUCCCGCGGAACGGAGGCGGCCCGCCCUUUGAGGUUGUGCCGCAGAUCAAUGCAGCCCGCAGGCGCCCGGUGCAUUUGGGUAACAAAAAAUCGCGCAAGGCCCCUCCAGUGCGCGGGCCUUUUGCUGGCUCGGGUGGGUCGGUGGCCCGCCUGCGCGGGCCCUCGCGCGCUCUGCUUCGAAAAGGCCCCGCCCACCAGAACAGGCAAAAGAUAGAGAGCGCCCGGCCCCGAACGCUUCGUAAUCCUUAACUUAAGGUUUACUCUAUCCUGCUUCGUAACCCCAUAUUGAAAAACAAACCAGUCCUCCUCGAGUUCAAUUACUCUCCUGAUCUGAGGUCUCACUUUUGUCCUUUGGGAACAGUCACCGAGUUGCACUGGUGGACACUACCGAUCUAACCGACUUUCAAGGCACCUAUUCUACAAAAGUCCCAUCUGCAAUGCGUUUUCUGGCCCUGUGUCGUCCUUCAUGCAUUGCAGAUUGGUACGGAGAGGAUAAUGUCACGCCUCCUCCCUCUCUUCUCCUCCUUCUUUGCUCUCUUCUGUCCUUCAUCUGAGGCAGUUUCCAACAAACAAUGUACAAAACUUCAUGCAUUUUUCUGCGUGCAUUUUGUGUGUUUUGUAGAAGUUCAAAAGAUAUUUGUAGAAGUUCACUCAAAUAUAUUUGUGACGCACUGCGGUGUAGAAUAAAAUGUUAUGUCUAUAUAAGAAAAGAAAGCGAGGGCUCAAUAAACUGAAUAAACUCUGUUACUUUGUAGGUUCAACAGGUGGAAUCUCUGAUGUGCGCAAGUCAAAUAGAUACUGUUAAGAAAAGGGAUGCAUAAUCGUGGUUGAUCUUUUGCUUCUGCUGCUGGUCGUAGUGCCCUUGAUUUGUUGUGCUGUUUUUGUAUAGACAUUUUCAACUCUUGCGCAACAUAAAUAGUUGCUUGUGUGAAGGAGUUUUGUAGCUUGAGCGAGUUGUCAAAACUUAGCUAUACUAUUUUAGUCUACCCUGAAGUCUUCACCCGAACUCUCUUUCCCCGCUUAACACGAACACGAAUACGAAUACAAGACAAAAAAAAAUCAAAGUAAGCUUAGAAGGAAAACAAAAAGCAAAACCUUAAAAAAACAAAACCUUAACCUUCACCAUACGAAAAAGCACUACUUCGCUGCGUGCUUGGUGCGCCCUCGUGCAACAGUUGGCAAAGAAAAAGUAGGAAAUAAGUUGCAAAAUGUAGCCGCUAAAUGCUCAAAAAACGGAAAAAUCGUAUAAAGGAUCUUCGCUUCUGUAUUGUUGAAAAACAAACCAGUCCUCCUCGAGUUCAAUUACGACGACUUGUUGCAAGCGGUGGUUGCAAAAGGGCUUCGGCGGCGCGCCGCGGACUUUCCAAUUUCCGACAGAUUUGUGAAGGAAAGUGUCUGCUUGGUAACGGACAACGGGACGGUGUUGAGCGAGAGUGGCGCAGCAGCUUCGAGGAUGAAAAGCCUCUCAAAUAAUAAUACUAACGCAGCGACAAUCAAAGUAGGAGGUCCAGGUCCAACGUCGAGCUCCUCCAUCCUCUCCGCAUCACCCGCCGUUGUACAACAACCUCGGCCGCAAGGAGCUGCACAUCAGAACGCGCUUCACGCCUCGCCACAACACACGAGCACGACACGCACCGCUGGCACUGCUACUGCUGCAACUGCCACCACCAGUGUUGCGAGGCGCAGCCGCGAAUGUUCCCCCGCGCCGGGAACCGGUACUAGCGCGGCACCAAAAGCUCCUCGUUCCUCGCCCCGAGCUGGUGGAGGUGCAAUAUUCAUCGAGGAAAACUGCAACAAGAAUUCUGUUUUUCUCGAGUUUCCGAAUUGCGAGUUUCUGAACGUGAUAGUCAAGUGGCAGGAGGGUCUUUUCUUCCCGCACAUGGUGGCGGACCUGCACCAGGCGCUCGUCACCGGGACAUACCAAGCAAGGCCGGAUCUGGUCAGCCGGGUAACCAACAUCGCGAACGGGGGUGCGAAUAACGCGAACGAUUUGAUGGUGGUACAGCAUCUGCAGCAGGUCAUUGGGAUGAACAACAAUCCGCCGCAGGGGAUGCUCCCAGGUGGGAACAACUUUCAUCUGCCGCAGAUGUUGAACAACCGAGCUGGGAACAACAACAAUAACAUGCAGGGAGCACCAGGCGGAGGUGCAAUUUUCAUGAUGAACAACAACGAGAACAUGCGAAACGCGCGGGGGCAGGAACUGCAGUUGCCGAACAACAACGCGAUCUUGGUCCAGAGACAGAUGUACGUUUUACCUAGUUUAGAGGAGUGGGAGGUCGGGUUGUACCAGACGGGGGAGGAAGAUCUCCUCCGGUUCGGGAAAACUCCCUCGCAGGACCAAGUGUACGGGUUUUCCCAGUUGUUGCAGGUGAUCGACCGGGUGAAAGCGGCCAACUUCGUUUUUCCCGCGCAGAUUAACAUCAUCUUCCACCAACAGGAGCUGCAGCGGAUCGGCGGGCUGGGCGCGUUCUUGGCGGAAGUGGCGGUCAGAGUGGUGCAAAGCUCGAAGUUCACGACGAACUUGCUCCGGGAAGUCUGGACAUACCGGGAAAUGAUCAACCACAGCAGUAGUGCGGGGGCAGGAGCUUCUGUGGCGAUAUCUAGUUCGACAUCAACAACGGGUAACCAAUAUGCUCUGCAAAAGUAUCGUACUCGUAUAAAUUGCACUCAUGCAUGACAAAUAUCUUUCCCAACCUGAAUCAGCAUUACAAAUUCCAGUUUUGUUCUUGGGGCAAUUUGUAAUGCAAUUUAUACUAGUGCGAUACUUUUGCAAUGCAUACCCAACAGCAGCUGAACUUCUUUUCCCCCCCGUCGCGCGGUUCCAGCAAGUCGCCCGCCUCGAAACUGAACCUCAGCACCGGUGGGAACCAGAGCUCCUUCCCCCCGUCUCCGCUCGUGUCUCCGAGCCGGAAGGAGCAGCUGCUGAAGAUGAAAGGGACGAGUGCACUAUCCUCCGUGGUUGACGACGAUGUUUACGACACCUCGAUACAUCAAGACCAGUGGAAGACCGGUUCCAGACUCCGGGCGACAACGGUGGUGCACGAGAUUUUGAGGCAGCUCCGGGUGUUCCAGGUGUUUGAGUUGCGUCAUGGUUUGAAAGCCGCGGUGGACGGGGACAAGCUGUCUAUCUGCGAACGGUUGCUGAAGAAUUUGGCGCUGCGGGGCGAUUUGACCCUCGGAAUCCGGGAGGAGAUGUGGCAGAACCAGGGCCUCACCGGGGACGCUUUGUUGGCGCGGAAACAGAAGAAGCUGGGUGGAUUUGGGACGUCGUUGCACCAGCCGGGGUUUCUUUCCCGGUCGGUGAACAGCUCGAGUUUGGACAACAGUUCUUUUCUGUCCCGAGCGUUACUUCCUGCGGGCAGUAAUGGUAAUGGUGAUCAGUUCUCGUCGCAGCAGGCCCAACUGGUGAGGCAGACCGGAAAUAACUACCCCGGAGGUGGAGGUGGUCCGAAUAAUUACACGGAUGAAUUAAGCAGUUCCGGCUGGGCCUCCUACGGCGGCCGACAGCUUCCGCCCCUCAGCAGCAUGCGCAGCAACCACAGCGACACUAGCAACGGUGCGGACUGUGCGUCCUCGGUUUUAGGAGGUGGAAGUGGGGGACUGAAUAAUUACAACAACGCUGGCGCGGGAGGCGGAGUAUGCAUUGCAAAAGUAUCGUACUCGUACUAAUCGCAGUCAUGCAUUAGAAAUUUCUUUGUCAAGUGAAAUCCCCAUUACAAAUUUUAUUUCCCAUGCUGAGGAAAUGGAAAUCUGUCAUGCGAUUUCUACUAGUACGAUGCUUUUGCAUUUCAUACGGAGCAAACGGCUACAACUACCGCGGUGGCACAGCGAGCGUAGAGAGUCUUCCGGAGACGGAAGUUCAUAUAGAUCAGCGGAGUAACGUCAGCAAUCCAGGAGCAGUUGGGCAACAUCAACUCUAUACCCAGUUUCCCUUCAGUCCGGUUCCAGAGGGGGAGUUGAGCAGCCGGUUUGUGAAGAGUCCAAGUCGUGGUCAACAGCUUCAUCAGCAACAGGUGGAGCAGCAGCUGAGCGAGGGGUCGUCGGUGGAAGAAGAACUUUGGUGCCUCUACAAGCACCUGAUGUCCAACCGGCUAGAAUACAGCUGGAUCAGCCUCCGGUGGACGUGUCUGAAGUUGAUUCUGACCCUGGGCGGGGCGGGCCGGAGCAGGAACGUGGGAGUGUUGUACGACCACGACGAUAUUGAGGACUUUGCUUCGUCGUCCGAUGAGGAAAGCGGAGAUGAUGUUGAGGCUGAUCUUCAUUCUGAUACAAAUUCAUCGUCGUCGUCUUCAUCCGCAGAAGGAUGUGGGGACAACGUGAAGAACAUCAAGAACUCCUCCAGCUCAAGCUCCAGCAGUUGCGGCGAAGCAAAACUUGACAGAAAAAAUCUCCUCCAGCAGCCGGAGCAUCAUCAAGACACGACGACACAACGAAACCUCCACGCAGAUGUUGUUGAAAACAGCGAAAUCUUCACAAAGAUGAAUCAGGUUGGUCGUACUGGCACAGAACACGCAAAUUGUGUCGAAGCUGCGGGAACGGGCGCAAUAACGAUGAUGACCCAAAAGCAGCAGGAGAAGUAUGAGCAGAGCGUGCAUACUGGACUGAUCCAAAGCACACCCCCUGCGAAACAACGACAAUCUACAGCGGUCAUUGCAUCAGCAAUAGCGCAGGUAGUCACGCGCGACCGCGCCCGCAGUAAACAAGUGACAGAACAAAUGGGCGGCAGUGAUGCUGCUGAACAGCAAGCCAGUCGCAAUGCCCCCGGAUCCGGAGCAAAGGCAGCGAAUAAAUCUUCCAAGUCGAAACGUGCCCCUGACAGCAAGGGAGCAAAAACAUCAAAUAACCCACGCCGGUCCUUUGGCAAACCGAAGCUCCGCCUGACCCUGGCGGAGAAGCGGCUGCAGAAAGUUUUUCUACGACGGAUCCGCAGCUUCGUGGCAAGGAGGUUCCAGGACUUGGAACGCUUUUCCCGCUGGAGUGAAAAGAAGUUGCAGGACUACGACCCCUGGAACAAGGAUUCCGCCUACCUGUACCCAGAUGACUACGACCAGUAUCGUUUUCUGUACACGUCUAUGCACUGCAAAAGCAUCGUACUCGUAGUAAUUGCAGCAUAUGGAUAUGCAUUACAAAUCUAGGUUGUUGAGGUAAAUCCGCAUUACAAAUUUAAUUUGUAUAUGCUGAUUGCAAUUUAUACUAGUAGUAGUACGAUGCUUUUGCAGUUCAUAACGUCGGAAAUGCACCGCCGGCACCUGGACCGGAAGCGGAAAGCGGAAAAGCAGCUGGAAGAAAAAGUGUUGCAGCUGACCGCAGCCGCGCAGGAGAGGGCAGGGCAACUAGAGCAGCAGCAAAACGCGUUAGAGAUGUUGAACAAAGACAAAGACAAGGACCUGCCCCGCCGCCCGCAGGUGACGGCUGGCGGAACCAGGAGCAUUUUGCCAUUUGAAGAGGAAGAAGAGACGGUGAUUCCAAUAGUCGAAGACGGUAAUUUUUCAGGAGUACACGGGGGUCGGUAUGCAACAGAACACGACAGAACAAAGACCCCGGCGACGGUCCUCGCCGCCGUCGCAGGUUCUACACAUGGAGUGAACUUCGAUUCUGCGUCUGCCACUGCGGCCGCGUUGUCGUUUGGAGAAAAUGGUGGGCCAGCACCAGCUGCCAGCGAAAUAAGCGGGUUAGUAGAGCAGGGUGGAAAUGACCACGGCUGCUCGGUCAACGUAGUGAACAACAACCCGGAUCAUGACGAUGAACUCUUGGCUCAGCAGGUGAAGACCAAACGGCGAAAAGAAGAGUGUCAGCAGAUGAUUACCUCUAUUAAAUGCAAAAAUGUCUGGGUCUGGAAAUUUCUGAUGCUAAAAUGUGCAUGAUGAAAACACUUCCUUAUGCAGGAAAGCAUGACAAGUUUGGAGGACGGUUUUUUAUUCGCAAUCAGCAUGAGAGGCUGCGUAAGCGUAUGCGUGUUUGAUGUAUGAAAAGAGAGGGUGCGACUCCUCUUGUUAGUCAUGCAACACAGAUUUCAUAGGAAUGAUGUAAGACCAGCAAUACAAGUUCCAACCUUCCAGACCCAGACAUUUUUGCAGUUCAUAACCUCUAUCCAUGAAACCUUUCGUCGCGACAUCGUGGGCAUCGCAGCCGAGUUGCUGUAUCAAACAAAAAAAGUUCGUCACGUCGAUCACUCAUGCGCAUUUUUGCAAUAAGUACAAAAUUGGCUGUCAUGCGUAAAAAUGCAUGACAGCCAAGCUUCAUAGGGGAUUUCCCUAGUGUUUCUGCAAUACAAGGAAAACUUGUGAUGCUAAAAAAAUUUGUAAUGCAAAACCUGCAAGUUAGUGACUGUGACAAACUUUUUUCUUUCCAUAUGCUGGCCAACACGAUUAGUAACAACUUAGUCGACCAGGUCUUUGUGGAGGAGAUUGAAACCAGUCUGUCACCCACUAUCCAGGAAAACACCCAUCCACAUCCAAUUUGUCAUGCAAAACAUACAUAACAUCCCGCGUCUGUCAUGCAUAAAAUGGAUGGGGAUGGUUUUUUUUUUCUGUGGAUACCCACCGAGCCCGUGACACUCAGCGCAAUCAAGAUUUUCCUGCAGAGCUUCCCCACCGCGUUCUCCUCGUGAUAAUUCUACUACAACGAGCAGUACAGUAUGAUUCCCGACGAUCUGGUUCACCAGGAUCAAUCUGUUUCGUCCUUUUCUGUUUCGCACACUUUUUUGGAUAUUUAGCAAUAUGAUGAUUUUUUUUACGCAUACAAUACGCAGGAGGUAGUAUAAUUACACCGGCAUUUUCUUGUUGUCUCUCAUCAUCAACGUUGAAAAUCAGUUUUGACUUUCUGUUUGAACUUUAUCGAAAACCGAUUAUAGAAGAUGAAGUCAACAACAACAUUUCCUCGGGCGUCUCAGUCCGCUCGAAGAUGGUUCUGCUCUUCAGUACCGUUUCGCACGACCCACAGUGGUAAGGUUGCGCUAGUAGCUAAUGCACUUCGACGUUGUGCUGCCGUUUUAGCCCUGCAACUCUGUGUAGCUUAUAGCAAUGCAAACGCAUGAUCUUCCCCUUCGAGAACAUCGAUUUUAUCCUCCACAGGAACCAUAUUUACUUUUACACCAGAGAAAAACUCCCCAAAGACGUUACACCUAUGAUUUUCCCAUUUUUUUCGCAGAUAAAUCGAAAUGAACCAAUGAAUUGUGUAUGGUGUAAAUUAUGUGUCUGUAUAAUUUUCAUCGAUCCCCCCACCCGCCUUGGCGUGAUGUUGGAAACUGCAUUUUGAUUGUAGUAUCAAACAGAAAUAAGGACAGCAACGGCGCUAUCGGACAGCUUGAAGUCUAUUACGUUUACGAU